AUGUGCUGUGGAUUGCUUUUAUAACGUGAAUUGUCUUUCUAUAGUGUUUGAUGAAGACACGUCUUCGUGUUUUAAAUACUUAACUCACAUGAAGGAUUCCUACACCAGAAGAUCCACCAGCGCGGCAGCGUACCUGCAACUGAAGGAUGCCGACAAUUGUACAGACAUUGUGGUUCCUUGUGAUGCCAAUGCUGUUUGUCUGAACAAACGUCAAACUGACGGGUGCGUGUGCAACCCAGGUUUCACAGGUGAUGGCGUUACGUGCUCAGAGCAUAAUGAGUGUAAUACUCCCGACAUCUGUCACGUCAACGCUAACUGCACCAACACCUACGGAUCCUACACGUGUCGUUGUAACGACAGGUAUGAAGGGGACGGCGUCAACUGCACCCCACUGACAAUCAAAGGGGAACCAUGUACGCAGGCCUCAGACUGUAUCCGUGACAACUUCAUCUGCUCCUCCGGUCUGUGCGACUGUGACGUUGGCUACAGCUACAACAGCACCUCCAACACCUGCGUCAUCAGAUGCGACAUCUACGGCACUGAGUUCAGCCACCAAUCCACGACCUACUGCGUCACUGGCUACAACAACGCGGUCUACAGCGUCAACACCUACAGCGCCUGUAGAAAUUACUGCCUGGCAGUCACGUCCUUCACCUGUAGGACCUUCGAGCUCUGGAACGGCGCGUGUUACCUUUCGGAAGUUGUUAAAACCGAAGUUGCGGACUCGAAAUGGGCUGCGUGGAGCGGAUGCAUGUACUAUCAGCGCCACUGUGCUUAGUGUGCCAAUCACAAGCACACAGCCUCACAAGAACGUAUUCCGAUAUUUGAACCCGUGAAGAUCCGGGUUAGAAUUGGUCUUCAGUAACCCAUGCUUGUAACAGGCGACG